GGGGCCCUGCGGGCGGGCGGGCUGCCGGGCGCGCGCUAUGGAACGGCGGUUAGCCCAAUUCCGGGAGGCCCGGAACCGAGCCGGGCCGGAGGUCCAACCCCCGACUUGGAGCCACAGCUCACAGACCUCGGGAGAGAAAGCGGAAGCAGCUGCGACUGCAAAGGCAAGCCCGGGCUGGCUAAAGCGGUUCCUAGUGUGGAAACCGUGUCCCGACAGUGCCCGGGCUCAGCCCGGCCUCGCUCAGGAAGCGGCUCAGCCUGGGAGCAGCACAUCACAGCGACCUCAGAAUAUGGCCAUUCCUCCGCCAUCGCGCUGGGACCAGUCUUUCCUGACCAAUAUCACCUUCUUGAAGGUUCUUCUCUGGUUGGUCCUACUGGGACUGUUUGUGGAACUGGAAUUUGGCCUGGCUUAUUUUGUCCUGUCCUUGUUCUACUGGAUGUAUGUCGGGACACGAGGCCCUGAAGAGAAGAAGGAGGGAGAGAAGAGCGCCUACUCUGUGUUCAACCCGGGCUGUGAAGCCAUCCAGGGCACCCUGACUGCAGAGCAGCUGGAGCGCGAGUUACAGUUUGGACCCCUGCAGGGGAGAUAGGACCCAGCUCUGCUGUCAUACAGCUAACCUCUGACAUGGUCCUCCCAGCCCUUUAGCGUGGACUUGAUUCAGGUGCAUAGGACUAAGGACGGUUUGCAGAUUAUCAUUCUGUGACUGCACAGUUCUUCUAUCUUCUUUCUCUGAUCUGCUGCAAUUUUAUCUUUGAACUUCUCUUUAGUUUUGGUGAAAUUCUCUAAAAGAAAUCUACUGUGGGUCUGAUGCAGUUUAUAAAAACUACAUACUCCAGAAAGGAGACCUCUAUGUCUCAUUAUUUGAGCGAUGAUUUUAGAGCACCAGAAAGGCAUUGGGGAGAUUCUCUGUUUAAAAUAUCUCUGUUUAAAGUAAUGGUUAGGUAUAUCAGGGCUGAUUAUUAAAAGUAAAUGUUCUCUUUAAGUCUUUUAAUAUUUAUAGCAUUUUUUUUCCUGAAAAGUUUAAGUUACAAGUUUUGGGGUUUUUUUUGUUUGUUUUUGUUUUGCUUUGUGCUUUAAUUCUUGCUUUUUCAGUCAUUAAUGAUAUCAAAAAUUAAAAUAUCUUUAAAACAUCUCCCUUUCAGAAACAGGUCCCCGUUUAUUGUCCAGCACUCUCCCGUUACUCUGCCCCCAUCAGCAAAGACAAGAAGAGACAAAGUCCUAAGUGACAGGUGUGGGGAGGGAUUUCACAAAGUCAGUAUUGGAGAUUUGGUAAGUGGUUAUGAAUGAUAAAUUCAGCAAGAAAAAUUCUUGAGUUUGUCCAAAGGGGAGAGCUGGACGUAGAACUCCAGACUUAUUGGCUGCUUGGGUUGUUUCUCAUUUUCUAAGGGCUUUAGAGUAAGCAGUCCCUUCGCCUGUGGGCCUCUGGUGAGGCCCUAUGUAAAUGGUGAUAAUCAGGCAUGAUUUCAGUGUUCCUUCCCCCUCCAGUACAGUGUUAAGAGUUUGGGUUCAUUAAAAUUGGAUGACAAAAACCAUUCAGUACUUUUUCUAUGGAUCAUACUGGUGAGUAAGAGGACUCUAGUUUUAAGGCAAUAGUUUUUUCCAAACUUAGGAUUUUAAGAAAUUAUUGAUACGUUCAGUAAGUUUUCAACUUCAGA